AUGGCGCCUUCGCCCGAAAAACAAGCCGGCAAGCUCCUUGGGUUGCUCGCACAGGAGGGCCGACAGUACGGCGAUCUCGUGGCGGAGAGGCUGGUCGAGCUCGUGCGCUCGGAGCCGCUCGAGGGCCGGGAUGACCUACACAGGCAACUCGUGGCCGGAGCGGCGACCUACCUCUGCCACACGGCGUGGUACGCGCGGGUCUCCGCGGCCGCGUGCCUGGAGAGCUUGGCGCGCCUGGAGUACGGUCAGGAAGAACCGUCCCGGGCAGCCGUAAAGAAGAAGGGCGGUGGCGGCGGCGACGCGCUGACGGACGAGCUGGCGAGGGGAUGGGUCGGCCUUGGGGACGUCCGGCUUGCCGAGGUCUUGGAGAGGGGGGCGCUGUUGCUCAGCCACGGAGAAGAUGCCGAUGUCGUCGACUCUGAGCGGGCGACCCCUUCCGCGGAUGUGGGCACGCGGGUAGGCCGGCAGCGAAAACGCCUCCUUAAGUGCCUCGGCCUCGCGGGCGGGAGCGGGGAAGCGCGCGCGGGUUCGCUCUACUCGUCUAUUGGGGACGCUAUCGAAGACGAAGACAUCGAAGGACCUGCCGCAAAUGCGAAGAGAGGGUCAUCAAGGGGCGGCGGCAGGACCAAGCCGGACGGCCCCAUCUCCGCCGCCUCCGACACCCCCACCACCGUCGGUGGCGGCUGCAGCGGCAGCGGCAGCGGCGACGGUGCUCGGCAGCAGCUUAGCGCCCGCCAGCGAAAUCGGCUUGCGCGAGAGGCCCGUUCGAAUGCCGCCGCCGCGGCCGGCAGAUCCGCUAGCCGUGGCGGCGGCGGCGGCGGUGUAAAGGGAAAGCGACGUGCCGGGGGCGAGGAUCACGGCGACCGUAGUGAUGGCGGCGGCGAGGACGGACGGGAGGACGGGCCACCGGCGUUUUUAGGCCGGGGGGCUACAGGGAGCAUGAUGACGGAUGUCGCGUCGAAUGCUCGGGAGGCCCUGGUUUCCCUAGCGGCUGACCUUGUAGCCCAGUUGUUCCACCCAAUCUGGCAGUGCCGCCACGGGGCUGCGUUGGGGGCGCUGUCUAUCCUGCGUGCGUGGAACGCCCGACGUCGCAGGGGAGAGCCGGUACCGUACGGCGCUAGGAUGGCGGCGUGGGCAGAGGACGCCGUUGCGCGGUGCGUGUGUGUGCUGGCGCUCGACCGUUUCGGCGACUACAGCAGUCGAAUGGUUGCCCCUGUGCGAGAGACUGCCGCUCAGCUACUCGCGGUGGCGGCUCUCCAGCUGGAGGCCGACAAGCUGAGGCAGGCGGCCAGGCUCCUCUUCGAGCUCACGGCCUCGGGGGAGUGGCAGGCAAGGCACGGCGGGUUCUGCAGCCUGGAGUCUCUCUGCGCUGUGGCCAUCACUGGGGAUGGCGCCGACGGCAGAGGCGCCGAAGACGUCUGCGCCGCCGCCGCUCGGGCUGUCCGCCUUGUCAUGCGACGGUUUUUGCCGCCGCCGGUUGAAGCCGGGAGGGACAACCACGGCGGCGAGGCAGGGUUAACGUUGGCACCCGCAGGCCGGCAACGGCGGGAGCGAGGGCCGACCGGCGACGCGGAGGGCGAGGCGGAGGUGUGGAGGAGCUGCGGUGGAGGCGGAGAGGUGUUUGACCUGGUUUGGAAGGCGUUAGAGGACCUGGAUCAGGACUCAACCUGCGUCGAGGAUCUUGCGGAUCUCCUGGAGACGUGCUGUGAAGACGUGGGUCGGGCCAGCGGAGCCACCGAUCCCUUUCUCUCGUCCGGCGAACGCCGCCUCAACCGCCUCCUCGAUCUCUGGGAGGAUGUCCGCGCGGGCGUGCGGGCGUGCGCUGUGCGGUCGUUGCUGGCGCUUGCGCAGGGAAUCGUCGGAGCUACUCGGCCAGUGACGAAAACGCAAAGCGUGGGGGAGUCGGCUGCAGCCGCUACGAGGUGCGAGAGGCUGCUGCUGCGAUGCUUCCAAGCGCUGCUCUCCGAGCGCGAUGACGGAGUCCGGGAGCAUUCCGCGCGGCUCUGGAGCGAGCUGCUGAAGGGACUCGGGCGCGCCGAUGGCCACCGCCGAGCGGCCCACGCGUCGCUCAUGGCCUCUUGCCUCGGUAUUCUCUUCGCGCCGCCGGCAACGCCGCCACCGCCUACUACGGCGAUGGAAGACGUCACUACUCCUGCCUCUGCCACUGCGGAUUCGGCCGCCUCGUCGUCACCAGCUUCUACCAGACCCGCACGCCGCCGGCCGUCGAAGCGCGCUCGCGGCGAAACUUCCGGCAGCCCCGAAGACGUCGCCGCUUUUUCGACCGCACGUCCCCCUUCGAAGCACCAGAACCGAGCUGUUCAGGCAGAUACGAUUGCAGAAGGACCAGCGGGGGCAGGGGCGUCGGCGACGUUUUUCGGGCGGCUAGCCUCGGCCGGGGCGCUGGCGGAGCUCGCCCGAGCUUCUGCUAGUGCUGCCGCGGCGGCAGACGGCGAAGAAGCAGCAGCACGCGGCGAUGGUGCUUCUGCCACCGGCAAGGCAGGGUCAUCAGGGUGUCGCGGAAGCAGCAGCGGUAAGCGUGCACGGGCUGGGUCGGACGGACACGGUAGCGCGUCCGACGGCGAGACGGAGGGCGUCGUCGCCGCCAAGAAGACAGCACGGGAGUUGGCCAUGUCCGAGGUGGCGAGAAGAGCGGGGUCGGGGUGGGCGUGGGAGCAAGAGCUGGCCUUCUUUCUGAUGGAGGCCUGUUGUGCCGGUGGUGGGGUGGGUGCACGGGGUGGAAGCGGCGGCGGGUCGACGAGCACACGUGGCGACGAGGUUCCAAGCAAGGCAGAGCAAGAUGCGUGGGCGGCCGUCGACCGCGCUUUAGCGACAAAGGAUGACGCAGCCGCCGUCGGCCACAAGGUGUUCAAGGAGUUAGAAGGCGUGGACAAGGCGGUUUCGGCUGCUUGCAGCGGCGUCAUUCGGGUUCUCCUGCAGGCUGCUGGUGGUUCGGCCACGACCACGGCCGGGGCCGUAGAGCAAGCCGCCCCCGCCGCGAGGAGCGCAACCAGCAAUAAGGGUGUCACGACAGCUACUUCUUCCACCGCCGCCGGUAGCCAAAGGGCGAACGCUGCUGCUCGUAAACCACCGAAAGGCGGAAAAUCCAGGUCACAGGGUACAGCAAAGGCUGCUACUGUUCGGGGUUCCUCGGCCAGGUCUCGAUCAACGGCGCCAGUUCCCCCAACGGCCACCCCUGCUCCCCUCCAAGGAGCGGCAAGCGUCGAGAGGACGUUCCAGUCGUUGGCGGCGGCGUUCGGGGAGACGCUGGUGCCCGUGGACAGGGGCGCGACCAGGGAGGAGAGAGAGGCGGUGUGGACCGGAAGAGUGAGGCACUUCCACGCCCGCAUACAAGCGCAGCAGGCCGUUCUCACGAGGAGAAUAACGUCUGCAGCUGCCUCGGUGUACGCCGGCGUCCGCCCCCUUCCCCCCGAGCUCAACCCGGUAUUGCGGCCCCUUGUGUCUGCGGUGAAGAAGGAGCCGGACGCGCAGCGCCGAGGACUCAGUGCCUCCCGCUUGGCUCGCCUGGCCACUGCCCUCCUCGGCGACGCCGUGCGCUCCGAACGCCGCGAUGCGGGGGCAAUGGUCCUUUUCGGCCUGGCUUCGCUGAGCGGGAAGGGGCAGCAGCAAAGCCUCAACAGCCCCGCAACCGCAGCCGCCGCGGCGACCGAAGAAACGUUGAUGGCGGUGGAAGUCGCUUGCGAUGGCGCCACGGAGAUGCUGAGGCACGCGGUUUCCCUCGCGUCAUCGUCGUCAGCAGCGCCCACGGCGCCCGUGCCCCCGCCUGUUUCGCCCGCGUCUGCCGCGAGGCCGUUGCCAGCUCCCGGUUCUUCUCGCAGCGACGUCGGUAGUGGUGGUGGUCGUGGCGAAGGGAUAGAAGAGGUAGUGAAAGGCGGAGGUCGUGAAGGAGGGAGAAGGAGAGGAGGACGGGGUGGGAAGGCCGUGCGAGACUGGGCGCUGCGGACUCUCGCUCCGCUCUUGCGGCACCCCUCCGGCAUGGGAGCACAGGGCGGCAACACCAUCGGAGCCGGGACAACAGCGUUGCCUUGGCCCCAGCGAAAGCUCUCGGCAGCGGAGAAAAAGAAGUCGGCAGCCGAGAUCCGGGCGAUCGACCUGUCGGCCGCGCUUGGGGUGGCGGAGGCGUUGUUGCAGGCCGCUCGUGACCGAACCGCCGCCGCCGCCGCCGCCGCCAACCCCCACCGGGGCGCGCGGCCUCUCCUGGGAAGCCUCCUGCUCGAAACGUCGCUCGCCGCCGGACUGUUAGCCCUCGCGCGGUCCGGGCGCGUACCCGUCUCUGGGGAAGACGAGGGUGCUGACAUUUCUGCCGAACCAACUCGUGGAGGCAUCCCGCUACGCCAGCACCAUCGCAGCGGCGGGGAUGCUGGAAAUGCCCCCGAUGGAGGCACGCCGAGCGUUGACGGUGGCGGUCACGCGGCGGCUGUGGCAGCAGCAACGGCGGACGCGGCAUUGAUCAUCGCAAGGGACGCGGCAGAUUUAUUUCCGGACGGGUUGUGGGAGGGCCUCCGCUCGGACUUGCUCCCGGCCCUCGCGGCCGGGGCGUGUUCCGGAGAUGUCGGUGGGAGCGGUGUGAGUGGUGGUAGUUUCGGCGGCGGCGGCGGCAUCGGCGUUGCGGGAGAUGUGAGGGCCGGGCUGGUCUUGAAGGAAGUGGUGGGCGGGAUGGGAACCGGCGUGGUGCCGUACGCCGCGAGGCUGCUGCCGGUGGCGCUGCGAGGAAUGACGGACGCCAACGAAGAUGUUCGCGGGCUCCUGGCGGGCACUUUCAACGAGCUCGUCAAGGCGGUAGCGUUGGCGGCGGACGACGCUGAUGACGACCGCCACGCGGGCGACCACAAAGGCGGGGAGGAUCUCGGUGACGGUGGUGUUUCUACGGAGCGUACCAUCGACGGACAAUUACACGGGCAGGGGGAAGCUUCAGCGGCAGCGGCGGCGGCGCGUGUAGGCGAGGCGGCUGGCGAUAGCGUGGAAGAAGACGGCGAGCUAAUCGCGAGGCAUCUCGUUCGUGGCGAGCCUCUCCCGAGGCUCCACCGAGGCCUUCUGCCGGAGGCACUCGAGCGAAAGGCGGCCGCGGGCGUGACGAUUCGCCCCUACCAGUGGGAGGGCAUCGCUUGGCUAGACUUCUUGAGGCGAAUAGGAGCGCACGGCAUCCUUGCGGACGACAUGGGCCUGGGCAAGACCCUGCAGGCGCUGAUGGCGGUUGCCAUGUGCCACCACCACCACCCGGGCCGCCGGUCGCUUGUUGUGUGCCCAAGCAUAUUGGUCCAUCACUGGAAGGCAGAGUGCUCCCGCUACUUCGGAGACGGCCUCCUCCGACCCGUCGCGUACGCGGGCCCCCCUCAAGCCCGCCGUCGUCUGGCGGGACGGCUCGGCCUAGGCCCUGCCGGUAACGACAAGGACAGAAACGGGACUAGCGGCGGUGCUGACGGCUCCCAGGGACCGGGGGCAGAUGGCGCUACGGCGUCAGCGGCGGCAGAGGAGGAAGAAGAGCCGGAGCGCGCAAACGUGGUGAUAACGUCGUACAACGUCUUGAGGACAGACGCGGAAGUCCUUGGAAAGCAGGGCUGGCUCUACUUAGUCCUGGACGAGGCGCACCUGCUGCGAAACCCCGCCACCCGCACCGCCAAGGCCGCCAGGGCGCUGAGGUCCAACCACCGCGUGGGGCUGACGGGCACUCCCAUCCAGAACUCGGUGCUGGAGCUGUGGUCGCUCUUCGAGUUCCUUAUGCCAGGGUACUUGGGAGACAGGCGGUCUUUCCAGCGAGAUGUGGCAAGGCCGGUGCGAGCAGCUCUAUCGUCUGACGGGGAUGGAAGGGCCACCGUGGAAGGCCUGCAGCAGCUCGAGAAGCUACACAGACAGGUGUUGCCGUUCGUCCUCCGACGGGAGAAGAGCGAGGUGCUCGCCGACCUCCCCUCCAAGAUCAUCACCGAGAUGGUGUGCGACCUCACGCCCGAACAGCGACGGCUGCACAACAUAUGGGAGCGAGGAGAUUCACAGGGCAAAAAGACUACCACGGAAGCGAGCAGGGCGGCUGCGCCAACGGGACGACUUUCCGCUGGGGCACAGACGCUGGCUUGUCUGUCGAAGCUGCAGCUGCUGUGCGUACAUCCUUCUCUGGUUACUCCAGAGGAAGGGACGAAGCGGCGGGAGAUGAGCGCGGACGUGAAGCUGUCGGGGAAGCUCAUGGCGCUAAGAGAAUUGCUCUGGGAUGCGGGCAUCGGCAAGAGGUCCUCGUCGUCUCGGGCUCCUGCGGAGAGUACGGGUAAGGGAGGAAAGCCCCCCCCGACCACCACCACCCGCGGGAAGGGGUCCUUGCCUCGGCAAGAGGAAGCAACGACCGCGGGUGAUGGUGUGGCGUCUCCGCUGCCGGGCCGCAAGUGCCUCGUCUUCGCCCAGCACAAAGCGGCCCUGGACGUCACAGAGUCCGCGCUGCUGCGUCCCUGCUUCCCUGGGGUCAAGUACCUCCGGAUGGAUGGGUCGGUGUCUCAGGCGGAGCGGGCGGCGGCGGUGGACCGCUUCUCAGCGGACCCGUCGGUGGCGAUACUUCUCCUUACCACGAGGGUGGGGCACCUCGGCCUGAACCUCAGCGCGGCGAGCAUGGUAGUGUUCUUGGAGCACGACUGGAAUCCACAGGUGGACUUGCAGGCCAUGGACCGCGCCCACCGCCUCGGCCAGCGCAAGGCGGUGAACGUGUACCGGCUCAUUGCGGCGGACUCGGUGGAGCAGCGCGUCCUGCGGCUGCAGGGGCACAAGCUCCAAGUGGCCGCCGCCGUCGUGAGCCGCGAAAACGCCUCGGCCUUCUCGAGCGGCACGGGGGGCGUCCUCGGCAUGCUAGGCGAGGCGAUGGCCGUCGUUGCCGCGGCGAACAAGAAGAAGGAUGGGGGUGGCGGUGAUGAUGGGGAGAGUGUUGAGCUCUGGAGCGCGGAUGAGGACUACGCGUACCUUGCCGCCGAACGCCUGGCAGACUCCGUGGCACGAGAGUAG